AUGUUAUCUCAAUUUCAAAGCCAAUUAUUUCAAUUACCACUAAUUUCAAGUACAUGGACGUGGAUUGGACAUCGAUAUCAACAUGUAAAAGAAAAUUCUCUAUUUCCAAUACGUUUGUUGUUAACAAUCGUUGAACAAACGAUUUUAUUAGUGUAUAGAAAUCUAAUUCGACCUUUGCCCCAGCCAUAUCAUUCUCUUUUAAAUAGUUUGGAUAAUUUUCUCUGUUCACAUGUCACUUCACUUCAAUAUUUCUUUCCAAUUGUUAAUCAAACAUUUGAUGAAGUAACCAACUCUUAUGGCGACUUAUUUUCGCUUUCAAUAUUCACGAACGGUUCAAAAUCAGUACCUGUAGAUAGUACACCUAAUGUGAUAACGAAUAUCCGUCGAGAGAGAAAAUCAUUGAAGUUAUUUGACAGAUAUUUUCAAUUCUUGACGGAUAUUCUGAUGUCAAUUGAAAUCUAUUCUAAAUCAAUUGAAAAUGAAUUAACUGAUUAUAUCGAUACAAGUCGUAAUCUUUGGAAAAACUUAAAUAUGGAAGAUGGACGGUCCUUAGACGAAGUUGAAUCAUUUCCAGAGAAAUUAUUAGUUCUUGGUCGUCGUAUGACUGGAAACUAUCGCCAACUUGUAUAUCUCAUCGGUUAUCAAUUCAAACGAUGUCGGUAUAUUCUAUUCUCAUGUUUAUAUGUUCACAAUCGAUUUCAAUCGACCGCUUGGCGUAUUACACGCAAGAUUCAAAUGAAACAAAUCAAUCAAAAAUUGAAUGAUGGUGCAAGACAUGGAUUACUCAGCUCAAAACAACGUGUACAUUACUAUUUGGAAAUGAUGAUGUUACAUGCAGCUAGACAUCCCUGGAUGAGAUGGUUAACACCACAAACAAGUGAAUCAUGUGAACCGGAGCUUUCGAAACCUUUGGAAUGUAUUCGGCCGAUUUUUUUCGUUCCUUCGGAUCAUACGUCAGACUAUAGUGGAUCUGAAGAAAAUCUUCGUGAUCAUUAUCCGAAACGUUUUGAAUCAACACCCUACCGACGAAAUGUCAAACCAAUCAAUGUCAUUCAAUCGAAACAAGCAGUUGAAGAUGUUCUAUCAAACAUCUCUUCCACAUCAUCGACUAUAUCCGAACAAAGUUUCGAUGUAAAAGAUAUUCUUCGACAAGUUGGUUCACAGACGCACCCAACAAUAGACUCAACUCCUUCCACUGACGAAGACAACCAAACUGAAAUCAUCGAACAAGCAUUCAAUGAUGAUCACGAUCAACAACAGCAGCAGCAAUCGAUUUCAGUGUUUGAUCUUUCUCCAAUGCUUGCAAGUGGUUGUGCUGUUUAG